CAAGGUACAAAAGUAAACGAAAAUCAGCAACAUCAUUGUUCCUUCGUGGUUAUAGCUUGUAACAAAAUUGUAAAUUUCUCUCGUAAAAUGGAGGCCUCAAUUAAAGUAGCUCCCCAAAUGCCCAACAGCUUCAAAGAAUUUGCCGGUCAUGUUGCUCCACUGGAUGAGAGUUGUGCCGCCCAGCUCCAGUCGGUCCAUCCCUUGAAGCAAUCGGAGCUGAAUUACGAUCAGCACCGUCAGAACCUGAACCUGCAGAUGCUACGCAACCGAGAAGGGUUGGCUGCUCCGCUGAAGCUCACCAUGGAACUCAAAUCCGUGUCCCGCGUGGGGCAUAUGGCGUUCCUUCCGUCCACCAAUGUGGCACGAGAUGUUCUAACCGGACGGGACGAAAUGGUUGACUUUACCGACCUGUUCAACAACGAGGAAAAUUCGGAAUUCAUGCGACAACCGCAUGCCGUGAUGGAGAAGGCGCUCGGUAUUCUGUAAGUUGUAAUUAGGUAUUCUUUUCUUUUUUGGAUUUUUAAAU